AUGGGCCCUGGGCUGAGGAUGGAGAGCAGGGAGGACAAAUCCCCACGGCAGAACCUCGUGGAAGAGGCCGUUUUGAGCAGCUCCAUGGCUCAGGAAUCCAACAGGGAGGAAAAUCCCCAGAGAUCCUGCAGGAGGAGGGGCUCCAAACCCAUCCCAGGGUGCUCUGAGGAGGAAAGACCCACCCUGUGCCGGGAAGGCGGCCGGAGAUCCAGCCAGGGCUCUGAGCUGGUGGUCCAUGAGCAGCUUCAGGAUGGGGAGAAGCCCUACAAGUGCUUGGAGUGUGGGAAGAGCUUCAGCCUGAGCAACAAACUGAUCUGCCACCAGAUGAUCCACACUGGGGAAUGGGCCUACGAGUGUGGGGAGUGUGGGAAGGGCUUCAGCUGCAGCUCCGAACUCAUCAUCCACCAGCGCAUCCACACUGGGGAGAGGCCCUAUGAGUGUCUCGAGUGUGGGAAGAGGUUUCGGAUCAGCUCCCAUCUCCUCAGGCACCAGCGGAUUCACACGGAUGAGAGGCCCUUCUGCUGCCCUGACUGUGGGGAGGGCUUCAAGCACAACUCCCACCUUGUUAGGCACCGGCACAUCCACACUGGGGAGAGGCCCUAUGAGUGUCCCGAGUGUGGGAAGAGGUUUCAGACCAGCUCAAAUCUCCUCCAGCACCAGCGGAUUCACACGGAUGAGAGGCCCUUCCGCUGCCCUGACUGCAGGAAGGGCUUCAAACACAACUCCCACCUCAUCAGGCACCGGCGCAUCCACACUGGGGAGAGGCCCUACGAGUGUCCCCAGUGUGGGAAGAGCUUCUCCAGGAGCUCUCACUUGGCCAGACACCAACAGAGGCACCGGUAAGGGAAGCCCUGUGAGUGCCCCAAGUGCAGGAGGAGCUUCGUGUGCUGCCUCAGCUCCAUCCCCCAUCAGAGGACCCACCUUGGGCAGGACCUGAUGACCCACGUUCCCUGUGAUCUGUGUUGGGAAGACACUGGGCUGGUGGUCAUUUUGAUUUGGCCCUGAUAUUCUUUUAAUUCAUCUUCAUCCCUUUAAAAUAGACAAAAUUGGGGUAAAAAGUCAAGAAAUUCAUCAAAGGCAUCUAAAGCCUCACUUUUUACUAGUGCUUGAAGGGAUUCUGGUAUUCAGGGAGGUAAUGGGGAGGGUUUUGGGGGUAUUUGGUGUAUUUGUCUCCAUCUCUUGGCACUCAAGGAGAUGAGCGAGUUCUAUCUGUCACCUCAAAACCACUCAGUGCCAUUGAAAUCUACUCAAUCCCACCCAAAAUUCCUGGAUUCCACAGCCCCUCAGGGUGUGAUGUCUUAAGUUUUAGCUUUCCUAUUUUUCAUAUUCUGCACUGCCUAGGUUUGUAGUUUUGAACUUCCUAUUAAGUGUUAGUGAGCUCUCUUCACAGAGUAGGUAGACAAAACAAUUCCUUUUCUAGCUUGAUACCAAGGACAGUCGUUACAAGUUCCAGGCCCAAAAGCAUGAAGAAGGGUGGACUGAAGAGAGAAAACAAGAAGGAUGGGAAUUCAUCAUCUGAAGCUGUAACUGGAAGAUGAGCCCCAAUAUGCAAAUGGACUUAAAAUUCUAAAAAUGUGAG